UUGGACUUCCUUCUUCUUCUUCUUGUUCUUGUGUUAAACCCUGGCCGCGAGAAAACCCUAAUUCAGACAGAACCGUUGCCAUGCCUGCUCUCACUCGUAACAAGAAGAAGGGUGCCAAAUCCCAAACCCCUCCAACGAAGCAAGUUACCAAACCCAGAACUCCUCCGUCCAAGACUCAGUCAAAACCCCAAACCACGACGUUGAAGAAAGGAGCUAAGAAACCUCCAUUGAAGAAGCAGAAGAAGGAAGUUGUGGUGGAAGAAGAGCCUCUUGAAGAAGAUGAUGAAGUAGUUUCCGAUGCCUCUAUCGAUUCAGAGUCAGAAGAGCUUGAUGAAUCUGAUGAUGAAGGAGGGAAAGGGUCUAAUGGGUUUUUCUCUGAUGAUGAGGAAGAGAACGACGACGAUGAUGAGACUUUGGGUGACGAUUUCUUAGAAGGUAGCGGCGAGGAGGAAGAAGAGGAAGAGGAAGAGGAGGAGGGACCUUCGGAUGUGGGUUCGGAUUCUGACUCUGAUGAAGAUGACGACGAUCUUGUGAAGCAGUCUGAAGCUAUUGAUAGAAAAUUAGCAAAGCAGAAGGCAGACGCUGAUGCUGAACAGCAGGAGCUUAACAAGCAAGAUGAAUCUGAGCAUGAUGCGUUUCGGCUACCUACUGAAGAGGAACUUGAAGAAGAAGCUCGUGGACCACCAGAUCUUCCUCUACUUAAGACUAGAAUAGAAGACAUUGUUAGAGCUCUGAAAAAUUUCAAGGCUUUUAGGCCAGCAGGAGCCACGAGGAAGGAAUGUGUUGAACAGCUCAAAGCUGAUCUUGGUUCAUAUUAUGGUUAUAACAGUUUUCUUAUUGGUACUUUAGUUGAGAUGUUUCCUCCUGGUGAACUUAUGGAACUGAUUGAAGCUUUUGAGAAGCAAAGACCUACAUCUAUCAGGACAAACACACUUAAGACCCGAAGAAGGGAUCUUGCGGAUGUGCUUUUGAACAGAGGAGUCAAUCUAGACCCAUUAAGCAAGUGGUCAAAAGUUGGACUUGUUAUCUAUGAUUCACAAGUUCCAAUUGGUGCGACACCUGAAUAUUUGGCUGGUUACUACAUGCUUCAAGGUGCUAGUUCGUUUUUGCCAGUGAUGGCCCUUGCCCCUCGUGAGAAUGAGCGGAUUGUAGAUGUAGCUGCUGCUCCUGGUGGGAAAACAACGUAUAUUGCUGCGCUAAUGAAAAACACUGGCUUAAUAUAUGCGAAUGAGAUGAAAGUACCUAGGCUUAAGUCGCUAACUGCCAAUCUGCAUCGCAUGGGGGUCACAAAUACCAUAGUUUGUAACUAUGAUGGGAGAGAGCUACCUAAGGUUUUAGGUCAGAACACAGUUGAUAGAGUAUUGUUGGAUGCGCCUUGCAGUGGGACAGGAGUCAUAUCGAAAGAUGAAUCAGUUAAGAUUUCAAAAACCGCUGAUGAGAUAAAGAAAUUUGCUCACUUGCAAAAGCAACUUAUUCUCGCUGCUAUUGAUAUGGUGGAUGCCAAUUCCAAAACUGGUGGAUAUAUAGUUUAUUCAACAUGUUCACUUAUGGUUGCUGAGAACGAAGCUGUGAUUGACUACGCUCUCAAAAAGAGGGAUGUUAAACUCGUUACAUGUGGACUCGAUUUUGGCCGAAAAGGAUUUACCAGAUUUAGAGAACACAGAUUUCAGCCAUCUUUAGACAAGACUAGGCGCUUCUAUCCUCAUGUACACAACAUGGACGGAUUUUUUGUGGCGAAGCUGAAGAAAAUGAGCAACAUGACUAAAUCUUCAGAAGAUGAUGAUGAGGCGGUAGAAACUGUAGAGCAAGAUGAAGUGUCUGAUGAUGAUGAUGAUGAAGCUGAGGCCAUUGAAGAAAACAGGAACAAGGAAAGACGUACGAAAUCAAAGGAGGACAAGAGAAGCAAAAAGGAUAAGAAAUCAAAAUCGGAAAAUGGGAAUGUGGAACCUAAAGCAAGGAAGCAAAAGAAGAAGAGAUCAGAAUGGAAGAACGAAAUUGCUCAAGCUAGGGAAGAGAAAAGAAUAGCCAUGAGAGAGAAGGCAAAGGAGAAAAAAUGAUUCAGUGUUUUUGCAUGAAGGAGAAGAAACCCUUUGCGAAAACGCUAUCGUUUAUGCUAAUGAUAGUAGGCUUCUGCCAUAUAUUUUGCUUUGUUGUUUUUGUUUAUUCAUGACGAUUUGUGUAAACGUUUAAGCGCCCAGAGUAAACAACUCUGUUGGACUCCAUGGACAGAUCUUACAUGUCCCAAAGUUUUGUUUCAAAAAAAAUCUUUCAAGAGUAUGAAGUUGAGUUGUGUUC